CCUCUCACCUACAAAGUUUUUCAUCUAUGAAAUACGUGGUACCGCGUAAAAUUUGUAGCUUGGUGUGGUAUACCUUCUUUCCAUGUACAAGUUUAUGGCGCGCUAGGAGUCUGUAGCCUUUCGAGUCAUAAUCACACCGGUUUUUUAUCUCGAUUUUGUACGAAAAUCAUUUGUUCUAAUUAUCAAAAUUAGAGGACGUAGGUGGUGAAAUUAAUCUCAUAGUUCCGAACUCGUAAUCAUAAGUUGGAGAGUGUUAAAAAUUAUCAAUUCAAUUAUCUGUAAUAAAAUCGAACGUCCUUACGAAGGUACAGUGUAUUUAUGUAGUAGAGAGUGUAAAUUUAGAGUUUCACAGCAAGCAGCACGGGCUGAUUAUACGUGAUUCUUUGCGUGCCUAUUGACUCAUGACCCUCGUUGAAUCGUUUUGCUAUUUCGACGGUCGUACAAAUAUAUGUACAACUGUCAAUGUGAUUGCUUAGUUAUGGCUGAAUAUAAUUAUGAAUCACAUGAAAUUCCGAAACUGAACGCAGAAUUUUUUUGCGUCUGACAACGUCGGCCAUUUUCAAAACAGACCUCCAAUGAUUUUUCAAUGAGCGUGUAUCAAAGGUAAUAAAAUCACAGUGUGAGGUGAUUGAAAUUGUGAAUCAAGACUUGAUAAAUUGUGAGAGCUAUUCAAUCAGUUCACUGCAUUAAGAUAAACAAGGCACGACUGCACUGCAAAAGUAUCAAAGUGUCUCAAAUCUGGAGAGCAAAGAAUGGCGGAAGAAAGUAUGGAACCUGAAAAGUCGAUGGUUGGGUCCUCACCGUCGGGAACUCCGAGUCCGAGAGGCUCGUUUAUCAGUGGAAACAUUGGUACAAAGGAUACAAGUAAUGGGUGUGUUGUCUCGAGCACUGGUACAUCUAUUGUAACCGAUUCUGGAGACAUAUCGACUGGUACAGGUGAAGGGACGUUAGCAACAAGAACGACAACAGCAAAUGUUGGGACAGUGGCGCAUCCAGCAUUGUCAUCGACAACAUCAUCAUCGGCGACUCCAUCUUCAACAUGGGCUUUGGCAUCGGAUGCGACAACAGCUUUGUCAAUAUCCGUUCCAGGAGGAGGUGGAGGAAUCGCUUCAAUAGUCCAUAGUGGAUCAGAAGCAAAGAACAACGGUGGCAGAGGUAGCCCUCAUUCUCCUAAACUGCCACGAAAAUCGCGAGUAAAACUAAGCGAGCUGCAGUUGGAGUCCGCGACAAGGGAGGAAUGGGCAGCCAAGUGGCGUGAGCAGGACUUGUAUGUCGAGUGUCUAGAGGCGCAGGUCGCAGCGCAGGAAGGUGAACUUGCUUGCCUUAGAGAUUCUGAGGAGAAAUACAAGCAACAGUGCUUCGAAAUAUCGCACCGAGAAAGGAUUCUCGUCAGGAGGCUCGCCUCCAAAGAACAACAGUUGCUUGGAUAUCUUAAUCAAAUAACGGAACUCAAAGCGAGCCAAACGGCCUCGGCUUCGGCACUGAGAUCAGCUCUGCUUGACCCGGCGGUCAAUAUUCUCGUUCAGAAAUUACGACAGGAACUACUGAGUACCAAAGCGAAACUCGAGGAUACACAAAACGAGUUGAGCGCUUGGAAAUUCACACCUGACAGCAACACCGGAAAGAGACUAAUGGCUAAAUGUCGGCUUCUAUAUCAGGAGAACGAAGAACUCGGUCGGAUGAUCGCAUCCGGACGAAUAGCCAAAUUGGAGGGCGAACUCAUGCUUCAAAAGAGCUUCAGCGAGGAAGUCAAAAAGUCUCAAUCCGAACUGGAUGAGUUUUUGCAGGAUCUUGACGAAGAUGUCGAAGGAAUGCAGAGUACGAUAUAUUUUCUUCAACAAGAAUUGAGGAAAGCCCGGGAGUCUGUUGGCCUGUUACAGCAAGAAAACAAUGCUUUCAAAUCUAUGUCAACAUCUGGUACGUCGCCAUUAACGGUACCCCCUCAACCACCACCUCAGGUAUCGCCACCACAGGCGCCACCACCGACGACGAGCGACAACACUGGUCAAUUAAACGGCGUGACAGCUGUCGUACCAAAAGCUGCUCCGACCAACGACGAUAAUAUAAAUAAAUGUGAUGCUCGUUUGUCUGGUGAUUCGAAACUCAUUGAUCCGGUUAAAACCGACAGCGAGGUGCAUGAUGAGAGAGAUCGGUGCGGCGAGGGCAGUGGCAAGCGAACUCCGAUGUCCAUGGGAAUAACACCGACGACCUCAUCAUUCUUGUCCGGUUACGAGUCAAAGUCCGAUUCCCCGGAGAAGGGACGAUGCCGACUCGACGAGCCGGACGACAGCUCCAACGAUUCCGCCGCUUUGAUAAUUAAGGUGGAAAACGAGGAGUUGAGCGAUCGAGAAGAAGACGAGGAGGAAGGAGCCGCUCCGAGUGAAGUUCGUGGAGCGCUAAAACAAACUCGGAGGACUAUUAGAGACCGGACGAUAAUCAAAAAUGAAAGUGUAGUUGAUAAUAGGAGUAACGGUGGUGAUAACAGAAGUUCUUCGCGGCCGGCGUCUCGGCGGUUACUGCGAGAAAGAACAACCAAGAGGGACAAAAGUGCUGCAGAUAGCGAUGACGAGCGACCUUUGCACAAAAAAAAACGACGUGAAAGCAUUCUUUCUCUUGACUACACCGAAACAGACGAUGAUGCAAUACUCCUCACUAACGGUGAGAGCAUCCAGAGUGAUCCCGAAGAUGGACCGUAGUUAUCUACAGGGCAACAAUUGCGAAGACUUGCGCUGCUCGUUCAAUCGUCCCACACAACUCUUUAUUCAUACCUUGCAAUGUACAGGCGGAUACAAAUUAUAUAUAUAUAUAUAUAUAUAUUUUUUUUUUCACAAUGAUUAAAAAUACUAAAAGUGUAUGGGGCAGGGGGAAGGGGUGGAAAAGCUCGAUUGUAAAGUAUGCUCUUCCAACGAUAUUUUUGGUUCUUUCAUUUUCCGUGAUUUUAUUCGCUCCUCGUCACGUGAGUUCAAAAGUUUGAAAGUUUAAAGGUAACUGCAGAUUUUAUAAUAACGUUUCAUAAGUCUAUACAAAUCUUAACGUUAUUUUUCGAAGUGAUUCCGCACAAUAUCAUGACAAACUUGGGCAUGCGUCUAACAUAGCAGCAGGAUAAGUGAAUUACUUUUUAAAUGGAUGCGGUGAACACUCCUACGAUAGCCUGACAAAUGCAUACCGAUGCACGGGUCAAUAUGAAUCCGGUUUUAAUCUUUUUACGCAAAUAUUCAUCGAAAUUUGCGUUGUUCGCGGAAGAAGGUGUCACAAAAGUCAAACAAUUUUCAAGAAACAUUUGAUUUUAGAUUCAAAUAUUCUCUGGUGAGAGUUUUGGCGGGAAUUAAAGUUGAAUCAUAUUUUCGAGGCGAUUCCCUGUGAAUAGUUAAGAGUAUGGAUCAGUCGACUAACCUCACUUGGAAUUUUCGAAAUCGAAAUUCUUUGACACAGUUUAACCGAUUAAAAAAAGGCUCUGUCAACCUACGUAGGGUGAUGGCAAAAAUUGACUGACUGAACUUUUUUUAAUCGAUCAAAGAAUUUCGAUUACGAAAUUUGCAGUUAUCUCGCACUCACGGUUGCGAUAUACCGACUGAUCCAUCCUCUUAAAAAAAAAAAAAAAAAAAAACAAAACGACAUAACAUCGUUUGACCUGUGCUGCCUCUUGGUUACAAAGAAAAAAAUGCGUGAAAAAGAUUUCGUGAAAUCCUGGAAUUCGUUAAAAAAGUUAUACUAAAUGCUGAUCAACUUUUUCAACAACAUUAUACAGCACCGAAGUAAGUUUUUGAGAUGAGCGGAUUUACAUGAAUUGGACCAUUUUUAAUCGCACUAUAGUGUAGAAAAAUAAGGCUUCGACUAUCCGAUAGCGCUUCAACUCCUCCAAUAUCAGUUUUAUUUCGAUCUUUUUUUUAUGAGCAACGGACGUUUCGCGAAUAUAUGCACGUGCAAAGACGAAAAUGAGAAAACUUCCAUGUAUACUGAUAGACUUUAUCAUCAUUGUCUAAAACAUUACCUUUCAGGGCCCAAGAUGUCGUAUGUAUUCAGGUUCGAAUUAAAAAAAUUUUCAAAUUCA